AUGGAGGCUGCUGCAAAACUUCCCAGCCAAUCUCCAGUAACUUCUGCCAUGGCUGUAAAGAAGUGUGCAGUCUGGCAUUGUCAUGAAGAACACCAAUGCCCUUACAAUUGGCAAGUGCCAGAUGUUUCUGUUCUGUCUUGUACUCAUUUCAAGAUGUGCAAUGGCAACAUUGUUAAACACAUUGGACAUAAUGUCAUAACAGUCUUUGUUUCAGUUCUUUCCUCUCAAAGUUUAAAUACUGCAUUGAUCAACUUUGUCUUUGCUCUUCAUGGUUUUGAAGAUGUGAUUGUAUAUUGCUUGAAUGACACUGUUAGGUCUGUGAGUGGUCGUAAUAGCAGAAGUACAAGUGCCACACCAAAAAGCCAUCAGAAAACAACUACUCUAAAUUCUUCAGAUUUCCAUGUCAGCCAGAACAGCACCGCCUCAAGUGGCUCGCAUGUGUUGGCUGAAAAUGCACAGGACAACAACUGCAUCGCUUCUUCGGCGAGGGUCGAAACUGCUGAGGUGCACAGUGAAAGUUCGUUGUCUGGAAGCCGCUCCUUGAAUUCACCAAAACUCGAGUCAGCACGCAGCCACAGCCAACCGGCUAUGGCUACCAAGCACGAUAAGCUCGAAAACGACAAUGCCGACGAGAAUUGUGAGGAUGUCGGUGGCGGUCGAACAAAUGCCGCUCAAAGCAUAGAGAAUGCAGAGUCCAGCGAUCAUGUCCCCGGCAGAAGUGUUAAGUCAGAUUUCAAUGGUAUAUCCACUAGUUUAAGUUCUACUAGGCAGCAGCAAAGUUCGUCAGCCAAUCAAAUUGCAAAUGACAAUGAUAAUAAUGUUCAGUUAACCCCCAUUUUGAACCCCCCUGCUGGUAAUAGUGUCAAAAUUCGUAACAAAUCGAAUAAUUCGGCUCCCCAUAUACCCAAAUCCGUUCAUUUUCUGGGGUCUCUUAUUGACAAAAAUGGUAACGAUGACCAUGAUGAUGUAAAGGAUGAUGAUGAUGAUGAUGAUGAUGAUGAUUUAGAUGGUGUCCCCAUGAAAUGUGUAGAGAGUGAUAAUAGAAUUACAGGUAAAUACACUAGGGAAGAAGAGGGUGAUUACGACCGUAGUGACGAUGACGAUGAUAGCAACAGUGAUGACAGUGACAGUGACGAUGAAAACGAUGACGAUAAUCAUAGUGAUGACGAGGGCUCAGUUGACAAGUUAGAGUACAAUGUGUCAUUGGAAGAGAUAGCGAGCCAUACAGACGUUGACUGUUGCGAUUCUCUUAGGAAACUCUCUGCUCAGUUUGAUGAAGGGUUACACGGUACAGGAAAACUAGAAAUGGCCAAGGAGCGUGUUCUCUCUUGGACUAUAGACAAUGGUAAUACUAACAACAAUCAUAUAAACAACAACAUCAUUACUAACACAGGUGAGGGUGGCGUGUCAAUAGAGGAGGAUAGGGGCAAGGAUUUUGAUGUUUGUGUGGGUAUGGUCGUAAAUGAAGGAGCUGCAAAAGGUAAGGAUACUGGUGAGUUGUUUUUAGCCUUGAAUGAAGAAUCACAAGACAGUUCUACUGCAAACAAGGAUGAAGAGGCUGGAGGGGAUUCUGCUGUAGAUGAUGUCAAUGUUAAUAACUUCUCUGUUCCUACAGAUGAGUCGAGCGAAUUCAUCACUGAGACCGAUACCAGCCCGACCACUGACGAUGUGGUUGAGGAAGGCGGAGAAGACACGGUUGCAUUCGAAAACAUACCCCGUCUACCGUUGAGCAAGUCGCUUAGUGAUAGGAGCUUUAGCGAAAUGUCAAAGGUCAACGAGGAAGACGAACAUCUUCCAAAGUCUGACUCGGGAAUUUCUUGUAUUGAUGAGAUCAAGACUUGCAGCACUCUCGACGCAACAGACUUGAGUUUUGCCACCAACAACAAAAAUGACAAAUUCCAGGAAACUCCAAAGCUGACAGAUUCCGGAGAGGAACUCGACAAAUCACCGGCCGACAAAGAAUUGUCGUUAGAUUUUGAUCCUCCUCAUGACAACGACUGCAAAAAGCAUUUCCGAGAUUCCGGUAUAGUUGAUGGUGUAAAUGAUCCAAAGUUUGCAGGAAUUGACGAGAAAUCGUGUGAGAAAGUGAUGUCUGAUAAUUUCAUCAAUAACAACAACUGCUAUCAGACCAAUCAUGGUACCAUUGACAACUGGCCAACCAUCAAUAUUGGUCACUCGCAGAACAACUCACAGAAUUCUAGUAAGCAUGACAAUAGUGUAAUGGAUCCGAAUAAGUCGAACAACAAUAACAACACCGUAAACAAUGUUUCUUUUGUGACAAACGAAAACUUAUUGAAAGAAAACAAAAUCAACACGGACAAAGACAAGAUGAAGAAACUUAGCAAACCAAUAAACUUGAUUAACGGAAGUGAUUUAAUCAAAGACAUACCUUACAUCUUACAUCGGCGCUUGAAAGUAGACAAAGAGUUGAAGGACGAAACGGAACUGUUUGCCUUAACAGACACUCACUGUGAAAGUAGCGGAGAGAGUCGGCCCCUAUCAAACCUUCCAGUUGACAAAUUGAAUUUGAAUAACGAAUACCACAUCCCUCGGCCUUCUAGAGGUCAUUCCCCAAACCGGAGGUCACCUUCUUGUCGAACCCCAAAUGACAGGUCUCCUGUUAGUCCACGAAGGUUCGAGUUAGUUAGCUACCAUAAACUGCCUCCCAAGACUAGUUACUCCUGUCUAGAUGAUACAACAAGCCCAUCGCUGGAGAAGGAAAUCCUUCAACAGAUCCAGAAGCGUGUGAAAAAGUCAGUCUCUGUCCAGCCAAAGGAUGAGUCUACCACAGCAAAGGAUACUGUCAUUGUGGCAAAGGAUGCUGUUGCUAUGGCAAAAGACACCAAUGCUAUAGAAAAGGACACACCGGUGAUAAAAGCCAGUGAUGACAUAGUAGAAAUAAAUACAGUCGCUGUAGAUAAUAAUGUUACAGGGAAAGACAAAGAAGCCGGUCCUUCGGUUAAUAAAAGGGAAAGUGGUGAGUUUGUUACGUUCAAGCAUCUUCCACCGAAAGACAGUUUCUCAUCCAUUGAUCACACCACAAGUCCAACUGGUGAGACGGGUAACACGAAAGCAGACCAAAUGGAUGAUCUGAUUGUCCAGCAGCGGCAGGUAAGUGGAAAUGAAGAUAGUGUCAGCCACUCCAGAAAUGAACAACCAGCUGAAACAACCCCAGUAUGCCGCUCCAUUUUGAAAAACAAAGGGUUCACUCAUUUACCAGAACCUGCACAUGUAAUUUCUAUCAAAAGAACUGUUGUUAUUGACAACAACAAUGAUGACGACAACGAUGACGAUGAUGAUGAUGAUGAUGACGACGAUGAUGAUAUAGUAAAGGAGGAGGAGGAAGAUAAUGCAAACGACAAUAUUGAUUUUACGAAGACUAACUCCAGUAAGAUAUCCAAUUCAAGCGAAUGUACAUUUGUUUCAAGUUUGGUUUCGGCCGGCACCGAGGAGUAUGGUAAGCAGCAGGCAGCGAGUACCAGUUCCCAUCCAACUGACGGCAAGAAUUUCCAUCGAACGCCUGCCGCAGCCGAGAGCUUGUUGUUGACAACACUGCAAGAUGGUGCCGACGACAUUGGUAACAAUAACUUGCGUGACGAUCCAGCUUGCGUAGCAGCUCUGUUAUUGAGUCAGGACAACGAUCUGAGUCAAAGUGAAAGGAAAAUAACAUUUAGUACAUUCAAGCCUCCGCCUAGCCAAGGAUCAACACCUACCAAUGAAUCCAGUGGUGACAGUUCAAGGAAGAAAUCCACAGACAUGAAGUGUAUUGUGAAACAGGAAUCUAUUGUUUCCCCUGCAAAACCGCUGGCUACCAUCCGAGAAGAAGACAGCACUUCAGAUUCAUCGAGAUUACAGUCUACUGAUGAAAGCAUUCCGCCGCAUUCUGAAAGUCAGCAGCAGCAGCAGCAGAAACAGAAUUCAGGUGAGUGUUAUGUAGCUUCCAAACGUCACUCGGUCACUGACGAUGCCGAUGAUUCCAGCCUCGUCGACAGUCCUCUUGAUGACUAUCCGUUAGACAUGCAGGACCUACUGGAGCCACUGGAACAGCUCAAUACUGACGAGGAUUCUGAAGACUUCAAUGGGAGCACGACAUCUUGCUUGAGAGACAGCGAGACGAGUGAGGGCUACUCGAACCACUCCAACAGAAUGUCCAUGUCACUACCACACUCUCAGAGUUCCAGUGAAAGUUCUUCGGGAGAGUCGGACAAUGAAAACAAAAAGAAGCUUAUGAAUGCCGACCCUUUAGAAGAACUGGAAAAUCUUGAUAUGACCAAGAUGGAAUCAAGUGACGAAGAUGAAAUCUUGCAGAGCAAAAGCUCUGAAUACAAGUGUUCUUUGGUCUCUUCUACAAUCCCGGAAUUUAUUGUGACUGCAAGUUCUAGCCCCGACAUCCCACAUAGCCCAACCGAAUGUGCCUCGGGCAAUUCACCACAUUCAGAAUCUCGAUCCUUAUCUGACUCAGAAGGGUCCAUCGAAAUGGCCAAUGCAAAAAUGGUGGAACUGAAUUUAGAGAUAUCUUCGCUUGAACUCCGAGGAAGGUGUGACUCGAAAGACCCGAGUUACAAGACCUUCUGCGAAUCGUCGUGGAGGGAAAAUUUUGCUGCUGUUUCUGAUGACAUGACCAAUUCUUGUAGACGCUCACUUGUUUGGUUCAUUGAUAUUCCGAUAAGCAAACAAAUCCAUUUAGUCUUAAAUUAUUAUUCUGCCUGUGCAACUAACUGUCAUCUUCAUCAGCCAAUCAAAUUUAUGGGAAUUCAAAUCUGUGAUGUUAAUCACAUGACCCCUAACUGA